GCCCGCCGAACUUUUUGAGAUUGCUAGGACUCGAGAACAAAUAUCGUACCCUCGCUAUAUCACAACGCCAAGAUGUUGAAGACAGCCAAACCCAAAAAUGCUCGCGCAAAGCGUGCCAUGGACAAGCGUGCGCCGCAGCAGCAUGAGAACCCCAAGACAACCCUCUUCCUCAGCGCAACCAAGACCUCUGAAGUCCUGAAAUUAGUCGUGUCGGACUUGGUCUCAUUGAAACGCCCGUUCGUCGAGAGAUUUACUAAGAAGAACGACAUCCAUCCUUUUGAAGAUGCAACUUCUCUCGAAUUCUUCUCCAACAAGAACGAUACUUCCCUCCUUGCUCUUAGCAGUCACUCGAAGAAGCGCCCUCAUUGCAUCACCCUCAUUCGAACAUUCGACUACAAGAUCCUAGACAUGCUCGAGCUCUAUGUCAACCCGGACACAUUCCGCCAGCUCAGCCAAUUCAAGAACGGCAAACCCGCAAUUGGAAUGAAGCCCAUGCUUUCUUUCCACGGCACAGCCUUCGAGUCUCCCACGGAGACCAAGUAUACUCUCGCAAAGUCCCUGUUUCUUGACUUCUUCCGAGGCCAGGACACUAACGAGGUGGACGUGUCGGGACUCCAAUAUAUCAUCUCAAUUUCUGCUGAAGAGGAGGAGGAGGGUCUCCCUUCCCCAAAGAUCCACCUCCGAGGCUACUUGAUCAAGACCAAGCGCAGCGGGCAGAAGCUCCCACGAGUGGAAGUCGAAGAGAUGGGACCGCGCAUGGAUUUCACCGUCGGCCGUGAGAGGUUCCCUGACCCCGACAUGCUGAAAGAGGCGAUGAAGAAACCCAAGGGCGCAGAGCCAAGGACGAAGAAGAACAUCGAUAUGGACAUCAUGGGUGACAAGGUCGGCAAGAUCCACGUCGGAAAGCAGGACCUCGGCAAGAUGCAGACCAGGAAAAUGAAGGGAUUGAAGCGCGGCAGGAACGAGAGCGAUGGUGAGGAUGACGCGACCAUGGUUGAGGAGGCGUCCGAUGAUGAGGAAGGCCGAACGCCGAAGAAGGGCAAAGUCUGAUUGCUACUGUACGGUCAAAAAAAAGGCAGCAUGGCAUAUGGCGUUCAGGCAUUUCGGGGGCGUUCUUCGAUGAUAUACCACCAUUCGCAUGGUCGAUGUUAAAAUCAUUUAUGUUCUAUCUGGAUAACAAAAGAACUUACUACCGUUUCGUGC